AUGCUCAAGUCAAAAUGGGCAACCCAGCCUGACGAGGCGGAGCAUUCAGGAGCGCCCGAGGUCACCGUCGCUCAACCAGAACCAGCGCCAGUGCAGAUGGACAACACGUCGUACGACCCCGCUUUCGACGAUCCGUCAAUAGAUCCAUUCGCUCAGACCGCAAGCACAGACGAUCUCUUCUUCGACGACGACAUUACGCCUAUCGCCGAGCCAGUCGUUGAGCAAAAUCCCAUCGAGCUCCAAGCUUCCGCCCCCGAAUUCGUUCCUGAGGAAGUACAACCACCGACCGCACCGCAGGCACACCUCGCCCCGCAUGCACCUCGCGAACCAAGGAACGCCGACAGAGGUCGCGGCCGCGGCAGAGGAAGGGGGCGUGGACGAGGCCGUGGCGGGAACAACACCGACAUUCGACUAGAAGAGAACGGAAAGAAGGCCCCUGAGGCUCCGAAGGAAGCUGCGCCGACCGUGGCUGCCACUACCGAUGCCGCAGACAACUCAGCCCCUCCCUCCGCACCCACCGAGCCCAAGGAGAAGACCACACACGCCGUGCGCGGUGAUAGAGGCCUGACUGGCGGCCCUGCACGCACGCGCCUGACAGAAGAGGAGCUCAACACGAAGCUAGCCAACAUGCGCAUCAAGAACGAAGCCCGUCAGAGCGCCCAUGCUCGCGCCGAGGCCGACAAGGGCAAUUUCGAGGCACGAGAGGCUGUCAUGCAGAAGCAGGAUAUCGAGCGAAAGAAGGCUCUCGCGGAGAAGCAAAAGGCAGAGCGCCAGAGUCGCCAGCAGAUGAUGGGCGAGCGCGAGAAGAACCGCCAGCGCAAGCUCAAUGCGCAAAUGGGCAGAGAGUGGGACUUUGAGAAGGAAGACGGCUUCUCCGGCACUGGAGACGAGAAGCGACGUGGCGCUGCGCGUGGCGCGCACGGUGGCAUCGCACCCUCAAGACCAGUGAACAACGGUUACAACGCAAGCGAAGAUUACCAUGAGCCUGCCGGACAGUCUAGCCGCGGACGAGGCAGAGGUAGAGGCCGUGGCAGCAGGGGUGGCCGCGGCGACUACCGAGGAUCCGAUGAGAGGCCGGCAAACACUCGAGAGAAGCGCGACAACGUCCCGCCGUCGGCAUCGGACUUCCCAGAACUACCCUCUGCCAAGGGUAAGGCACCUGCAGAGGUGAAGGAGAAGGUGAAGGAGACAGACGACUUUGGCCUGCCAUCACCCAUGGAGAAGGGACGCAGCUGGGCUGACGAGGUCGGCUCGUAG